AGGUUGUAUAGGUACGUCUCAAAUCAAUUAUGAUUAUGAAGGUCAAUACACAAAUAUGAUUACUUGUCGAUUGUCUAAUAGAGCGUUUUGAGUCAACAUAUUAUUUAUAUAUUUAGAAAAUUACGAAAUUAUUUCUGCAGAUUGAAGAAAGUAGAAAGGAGUAUUCGGAAUAAAAUGGCUACUAACGAUCAAAACGUUACGAUAUACAGACACAAAGUUACAGAGGGAAACUUUCAAAAUUGGCUUAAAGCGUCGUUAGUUAUAAGUUUUGUGAAAGAAGGAAUUAGUAAUUGUGUUUCAAGGAAAAUCGACCAGUGUCAUGAGAAAAUAUUGAAAGAAACCUAUUUAUUAGGUCAGUAUGAUAGAGGACAGAUUUGCACUGAGUGUAGCACGGAAAAUGUUUUGCCUUGUACAACAAAACGAAUGUGUAUCUUUAACAAAGUAAGGCAAUGUCAGUUUCAUAAUUCCAUAGAGAAAAAACACAAGACAUGUCCUAAAGGUAUUUGCAACAAAAUUAAAGACCAGAUAAAAAAGCUUCAUAAAUGUAAAAUACCUUCAUGGAGUAAUACUCGAGCUGAAAGAUGGUGCCAACAUCCGUGGGAAAUAGCCAAGUGUUUUAUGCCACCUAAUGCCUAUUUACACGCUAACUCAGUUAGUGAAACCGAUCUUAAUGGAAUUCUGAGUGUCGUCAUCAAUCACAAAGAAUUCAGAGACAUAUCAACUGAGUGUGAUUGUGAAAAGGUAAGAGAAUUAGUAAAUAAGUUGAGGCAUUCUCCAGAACUUCUUUUAACAGCAGAAGAAUUAAAUGUCAUCAUAGACACAUUAUGCAGUUUUCUGUCGGGCUCUGAGUAUCUAAGGAAGGACGAAAAGGCAAAGACAGCUAUCCAAAAGAUAGAAAAGUUAAAAUCUGCGCAGCUGACAAUUUCUGCAAGUGAGAUUUCAACAAUUCUACAAGACGUGAUUGUGACAAAUUCACAUGUAUGUCAAAAUGUGACCAGGUCGCUACAGCAAGCAGUUGAAACUUUAAACAAAGAGCGGCAACAAGAACAUGAAACUCUCGACCAGAUUUUUACAUUACUAGAGGACAUCUUAGAAGCUAUCAGAUACCCAGCUGAUAUUACCCGUACAUCACAGUCAAUGACCGAAGACAUGUAUCAAGAAAUUAAACGAAAAAUGAAGAAAGACCUGUUAACGUUCACCAGGCAGCAUCACAGUACAAUUCCGUUAUCACCACUCUUUGAAGAAAACGACACCGCUCUUACUGGUUACUAUGUAUUUCCUAAAAUCGAAGAGGUCGAUGUUCAAAAAGUCAUGUUCCGAGGUCGUUCAAAUGAAAAGAGAACUGGCAUUACAUCCCUACGAGAUAUAUUUUUCAAAAAUCACGAAAAAUGUAAAAACAUUUAUGUCACCGCGGAUGCUGGUCUUGGAAAAAGCGUUUUCUGUAAACGACUAGCAGUGACAUGGACCCAUUCACAUCAGCCAGUUGAGACGACAAGUUAUUUCUCGGAGCAAGAUCUUCAAAUUGUGCGUGACUUCGAAUUUUUCUUUCUCAUCUUACUUAGAGACACAUGUAAAUCUGAAUGCGAAAUCGAAGAAAUGAUACAAAACCAAAUAAUUUACCACCUCGACCAUUCACAUCUUUACACCGUCGAUGCCGUUGAAGAAAUUCUGAGUAGAGAGACGUGUUUGAUUGUAUUAGAUGGAUUGGAUGAGUGGACUCAUCCGCAAGAAAAACCUUCAUGUAAGGCUGAAUGUUCUGAUAUACCUCAUAGAAAAUCGUGGGAAACGUCGUCCGUGUUAACAACAACUAGGCCUUGGAAAUUCAGUGAACUGAACUUGAAGUCAAGCCAGAAAGACAAAAUAGUUCAAAUACAAGGCCUGGACAGUGAAACAGCAAACGAGUUAACUUUGAACACGAUAUCAAAAUUGAAUGAUGGCGAAAGUGAAAUUACACCAGAUUAUGUGGACAAUUUCAGUUCUGAAAUUCGAGACAAAAGUAUUCAGUUAUUUACAGCAGUGCCUCUUGUUCUGACAUAUCUUAUUUGUUUAUGGCAUGGCGGGCAAUCUUUCGGACGCUCUAAAUGUGACAUCUAUAGCAAUCUGAUAGGGUUACUGUUGUUCCAAGUUGAACAAAAAAGAGAAGUUACUGAACUGUUAGAUCAGUCUUAUCAAACUGAAAUGCCAAACUCCAUUGAAUCAAAUGAAUACUGUAAGAAAUACUACACGUUUCUUAUAACAUUAGGACAUUUAGCAUUUAAGACAUACUUUGCUUCAAACAGGGAAAACUCAUUUGCCUUUGAGAAAAGCCUUGCAGCAAAUGUCCUGACUGAUCAACAAUUGAAAUUUAGUCUUGAAGCAGGAUUUCUUACAGAAAAUAAAGUUUCAGGUCCAGUCUUAGCCCGAAAAACAAAAAUAUCGUUUCAACAGCAAACAUUUCAGGAAUUUUUUGCAGCGUUAUACAUGCAGUCAGUGCAGGAUUUUUCUAGUAUUUUCGGUGUGAUAAGUGCAGUUUGCAACACCGUAGAAAGUAUUCUUACAAUGUCAAAUGUCUGCAUUUUCCUCAGUGGACUUUGUCCAGAGAAAGCAAGUGUUUUGUCAAAGAAAUUAUGCGAAUUAGCGACUACGUCUGAAAUAGUUAAAGGGUACAGAAGUGAUAUGGGAUCGUGGAACUAUUUUAUUGGUUACAACCAAGCUAUGAAGGACUAUCAGAGCAUGCAUGUUGCAUGCCUAGAAGAAUAUCAUGAAAAUUUUGAGGAUGGAAAACGUUCUAUUCAUAUAUGCUUAGAAGAUUAUUUUGUAGACUCAGACUACGAAAAUGAAAAAUACUCUACUUUCCUCAAGAGCCUUCUGGAAAUGAACAAAACAUUGAUCAAAUCAGUGAAAAUAAGAAAUGUUAAAACAAAAGAAAGUUUUCAUGAUAUUAUUGAUCUGCUUAAAAGAAACGAUGUCAACGCGCUGGAAAAGAUCGACAUAAAAAGUGAAAUUGAGGAGGAAGAUCUAGAGAAUCUCAUUGCACGUUCCACAAACAGCCUGAAAUGCUUUAUUAUUAAGGGUGGACGAUGGAAAGAUGGCGAAUGGCAGCACAGCUAUAUCUCAUUAUCUGAUAAAAGUUUUGAAAUGAUAAGCAAUGCACAAAGACUGGAAGAACUAUAUCUAAGGAAUGUUAAAAUGCCUCACAUCCAAAUAGACCGACUUGUUACCAACGUUGCACAUCAGCAAAGCAUGAAGCAUAUUGGGAUAGGUUUUAUUGAAUGCAAUGACCAUACUGACUCGUGUUCUGGUGUAACGUUUGACCUUCGUGGUCAUUCGCAACUGAAGAUGCUGGAGUUAGGCGCUGCUCCUCUGUCAAAGGUUGACAUAAACACUGCCUCGUUAGAAGUGUGCUACGUAGGACCUUUUUUAAUAGACGGGGCUCUGGUGUCCGUCCUUAACAAUAUUUCGACUGCUCCAAAGCUAAAAGUAUUUUGUAGUGGGUUUCUAAAAGGUUUAGACAUUGAAAAUUUGAUUGAACGUAUGCCACAGAUAGUCAGUGCACAACACGUUUGGUUAACUGAAAUGGAUUUCGGUGAGAGCACAUUUGAGAUAAAUCCAAAUGUCAUUUCGGUUGAAAAUUUUCUAAUGAUCAAGGUGAAAAUGGCAUGUGAAACUUUUGAGAGUCUGAUGGGGUCAUUAAGUAAGGUCAAACAAAGUAUUAGGAUUGGACUGUUUGAAUGUAACGUAAGUCCAGAACAUCAGUUUGAGAAAGCAAAAGAAAGCAUCCGAAAAUCGGGAAAUUUUAUAGUACUCCUAGAUGGGAAGGAUGACAACGAUCGUAGUGAGUUCCUCUUUCGUACAACAGGCGAGACAGGAAAAUAACUUUAGCGACAGAAAAUGGUAAUGCAGGUUAUUUCCUUUCCAGGCUUUCUCGCUCUCUAGUGAAAUCUUGUUGAACUUCGUUUUUCAGUAUCAGGUAGAAGAAAUCUUGUAGAGUGGAAUGCAUUUACUUAGGUUACACUGAAUUCGAACUUCUGAACUAUGUUUGCUUGAUUCAGUACUCUACAAGUACGGAUUGUAACGGGAAUACAAUCUAUAUCUUGCAGCAGUGAAUACUUGAAAUGACUUGACCGCGAACUUAUAUAAAGGUUACGACAACAGUAGCUGAUAAUAGUUUUAAUGUUAUAGCCCAUGAGAAAUAAGCACAUUCACACAGUUAUUGAUAACAGCUUCUGUUAAAAGCAGUGUGCUCUAGAAAUGUUCUCAUUUCAUGAAAAUGAAUAUGAUUUGUAAUAUUAUAUGAAGGCUAUUUUAAUACACAUUUAUCACAAAAUGAACCAGCAGAAAUGUUUAGAUUAUCAGCCACCACCGCAUUCAUUUAUAAGCACCCGAUUCAGUUUUGCCCACCUCUGCAAAACUCGCGAAAAAAUGCUGCCGUUUAGCUUGAUUUAAUUGCUUGUACAACCUUAAACGAGUGCCUGAUUAACUUAGACGCAUUCUUGACAAAGUCGAAUCUUUAGACUGUAGGUGGGGGACAGUAACCAUAUUAAAUUAGUUAAUUUGAUAAUGAUGCUAAAGUUUGCAAAUUGUGUACAUUCAGUGCGAUGUCUUCAUAAGUAAAUCUACUAGUAUUAAUUUUUUCGCACUAUUUCAGAAGUCAGAUUGCACUUUCUUAUCGACAAUAGCCGGGCUAUUUCAAAAUGCCCGCACCCCCCAUAUGUAAGUCAUAAUUUAGUUCAAGGGGGGAUAUUUUGUCAAGGGGAGUCUGCAGGAAUUAUUGUCUAGUGAAGCAGAGUGAUUGGAAACGAUUUGUCCUAGCCUGUACUUACAGGCAGAAUUGCCUAUCCUUUUGACACGUUUUGUCCUGGGAGUAUUUUAGGAGAAAACGCCUUACAUAGGUUGUAAUUGCUGUCAAAUUAUUUUGUUCAGACUUAUUUUUCCGAAAGAGUUGUUUUAGAUGGGGAUUUUUUUUUUCAAAAAUAUAUCACAAUAUAUUGUACCAAAACCGAUGUCUAAUUUAAACCACGGAAAAACACAUAUUCAAUCUAUAUUAAGAAGUAUUAUAUUUUUCUAUAUUUAGAUGUUAUUAUAGGUUCUAUAUUUAGUUUUACUGUGACAGAUAUUUUUAGCAUGUCUCAAUAUUGAAACUUUACGCCUGUGCGCAUUAUCUUUAUUUUUAUCAUAUGAGCCGCACCAAGAGAAAACCAACAUAGUGCAUUUGCGACCAGCAUGAAUCCAGAUCAGUCUGCGCAGUCUGGUCAGGAUCCAUGCUGUUCGCUUUCAAAGCCUAUUGCAAUUAGAGAAACCGUUAGCGAACAACAUGGAUCCUGACCAGACUGCGCGGAUGCACAAGCUGGUCUGGAUCCAUGCUGGUCGCAAAUGCACUGUGUUGGUUUUCUCAUGGCGUGGCUCAUAUAAAGGUUUGUUUUUUAUUUUCAGAUAUAAUGUUUCCUGUCCUCUAUUUACUUUAGUAUGUUAAAGUUGUUACUUAACUGGAAGUUUUAAAAUUUUCAAACUAGAACACACAAAUACCUGUUGUAUACUUUAACAAAUUAUUAUAAAACAUUUUUUUCUUGUUCAGUUAAGAGAGUACUCACCUUUCUCUUUGACAAUUUGUAUUCUGAGAAUCUUUUUAAAAAUGGCUUUAAUAAAACAUGUUGGCAUAGUAUAAUGUUUAUACAUGUAAAUGUAUGUUUAGAUAUAUAUAAAUAAUAAUAUGUUUUUGUGUUUUAAAACUACUGAUAUAUUCUUUAUUGUUGUACCACAUUAUAUUCCGCUCGUAAGCAAUUGAAUCAUAA